AUGGCAACUGUAGGUCCUAACUCCACGAACAAAUCAAAAACAGAGAAGGAAAAUGGGGUCGUUGAUUCUUCAACAGAACUUGAUGCUGGAGCUUUAUUUGUCCUCAAAUCAGGAGGAUCUUGGAUACACUGUGGAUAUCAUUUGACGACAUCAAUAGUUGGUCCGGUGACCUUUACUUUUCCCUUUGCCCUAGCUUUACUUGGCUGGGCACCUGGAGUUCUAUGCUUGACACUUGCAGCUUUAGUGACUUUCUAUGCGUACAAUCUUUUAUCCGUGGUUUUGGAGCACCAGGAACAGCUUGGGAAGCGACAGAUUCGAUUCCGGGACAUGGCUGAAGACAUUCUAGGUGAUUUACUCCCUCGAUUUCUUGGCAGUAACAAACUGUGGUUCGUUUUUGGGCCAAAACAACCAAAAACAAAAGGCAUGCAUGAAGAGUAA